AUGAUUGUUAUAGUGGACCUGCUGCUGAUGCUCAUCGACCUAACCUACUCCGUCCUUCACGCCGUCAUCCAGACUUUCCUCCGGCCGCGGCUGAAGUGCGUCGAUGGGGAGCUGUGUCUGAUAACGGGGGCCGGGGGCGCGCUGGGUCGCCUCUUCGCCCUGGAGUUCGCCAAAGAAGGAGCGCACCUGGUGCUGUGGGACUGCAACACGGCUGCCAACGAGCAGACCGCCAAGCUGGCGCGGGAGCUGGGGGUUCGGGUGCACACGUACACGGUGGACCUGUCCAAGCGUCAGAGCAUCUACGAGACGGCGGACAGGGUGAGGGCGGAGGUCGGGGAAGUUUCUAUGCUGGUCAACAACGCGGGUGUGGUGGCCGGGCGGAGGCUGCUGGACUGUCCCGACGAGCUUUUGGAGAGGACUCUGCUGGUGAACUGCCACGCGCUGUUUUGGAUGACAAAGGCCUUCCUGCCUCAGAUGAAAGCAAAGAACCAUGGUCACAUUGUAACCAUCGCCAGUGCUCUCGGGCUAUUCAGCACUGCAUGUGUGGAGGAUUACUGUGCCAGUAAAUUUGGAGCUGUUGGUUUCCACGAGUCACUGACGCACGAGCUGCUGGCAGAGGACAUGGAUGGCAUCAAAACCACUUUAGUCUGUCCUUAUAUUGUAGACACAGGGAUGUUUGCAGGUUGUGAAAUCAGGAAGGAGCUUCGGAGUCUAAUUCCACCUCUGGAGCCGCUCUACACUGUACAACAGUCCAUGAAAGCCAUUUUAGCCGAACAGCAAAUGAUCUGCAUUCCUCGCCUUAUGUACAUCCCCUUCCUCACACGGGCAUUGCUACCUUGGGAUGCAAAUGUGGCAACAUACCGCUUCAUGGGAGGUGACAAAUGCAUGCUACCCUUCAUAAAGAAUGCUGAACUGAAGAACUCCAACGGCCACAUCAAAUCCUCCUCCUAA